AUGCCUUGGAAUCUCUGUACGAGAAGUGGUGGCCAACAGUCGACGGCCCGAACUCUACGAUCGAAUCACACGUACGGACAGCACAAGUGGUCCCAAAACCCGAACGCAGUCUUCGCCGACAAUGGGAUCCGAACCACGAAAUACACGAUCAUUACGUUUUUGCCGAAGAAUCUGUUCGAACAGUUCCACCGGUUCGCCAAUCUGUACUUCUUAGGCAUUCAAGUACUCAAUUGGAUCCCAGGGAUCACUGCCUUCGCCAAAGAGGUCCAGUUAUUGCCACUGAUAUUCGUGUUGGGCGUCACUGCUGUCAAAGACAUCUUCGAAGACUAUCGCCGAUAUCAGUCCGACAAACGCGUCAAUAACUCCGUGUGUCGUGUAUUUGAUCCAAAAAGCGAUCGAUUCGUCAAAACCAAAUGGGAAGCCCUCAGAGUCGGCGAUAUCGUCCACUUGUCCUGCGAUGAGACGGUUCCGGCGGAUCUACUGGUGCUGAGCGCGAGCGACGACUCGGGCCUGUGUUAUGUCGAGACGUCUAAUCUCGACGGCGAGUCUAACCUAAAGCAACGGCAAGUGAUUAAGGGAUACGCGAAUCGGGGCCACACUUUCACACCCAAUCAGUUCACGGCUACCAUUGUGUGCGAUCCGCCCAACCAUCAGAUCUAUCGCUUCAAUGGUUUUAUAACCGAAACAAAUGGCGAGAAAAUAGCCAUCAAUAAAGACAAUCUGCUUCUUCGCGAUUGCAUUCUGAAGAACACGGACUCAAUCGAAGGGAUUGUGGUCUACGCGGGACACGAGACCAAAGCGAUGCUAAACAACGGCGGACCGCGUUAUAAGAGGAGUAAACUCGAGAGAUUCAUGAAUCGGGACGUCGUCUGAGAAGUGUUGUAUUUCUGUAUGGCUUUGAAACUGAGAGCCCGGUCUGGGAUGCGUUCCUCAUAUUCUGGACGUUUAUAG